ACACUCAACUUAUCACAGGUCUACCUUCCCGAAAGAGGAGUGACAUAUCUCACAGAGAAGGUUAUGCGUUAUGGAACAAUCUUUGUGCCUUCGUUGUGUGCUCAUCCAAAGAAAUCACGCAUAUAUCUAAAGCACGCUCACAAAGUUUACAAUUUAGGAGAUGAGGUUGAAGUGCAAAUAGAUCUGUAUGAUAUGCUUGGUAACCGCAAGAUGAUGGGAGGUGAUUUCUUGAGAGUUUGGAUGGAGAACCCAAAGAGAGCAGCUUCGGUUUCCGGUCGGGUGGCGGACCUCUAUAAUGGAAGUUAUACUGCUCUGCUUAAAGCUGUAUGGCCAGGAAAUGCAACAAUCAAGGCAUUCAUUGCUACGAGAAGAGAGGAGAUCGUUCUUGACUAUAUGAUAUUCCAAAAGCAUUACAGUCUCUGGACGAUUUUUGCUGAAUUUCGGACAAACAAUCUCAAAGAUGCAACAAAGUGCUCAAUUAGCCAAGGAAAUUCCUUAAAGACGAACGAAUGGUGUAAUUUCACGAAUGAGAAUAAUGGAUACAGUUACUACUGCAGGAAAUCCAAAAUCAAACAGUUAACGUGUGAUAGAUGGUCGCAUUCAUAUAGUGCAAACGGAAUUGCUGCUCCACUUAAUACCACAGAGAGGAACAUUCUUGGUUUGUCUGUGAUAGAUCCAAAACUCGAUAUUUUACAGACUUCAGUGAAGGUGUCUGUGAGAAGAGCUUCUAAUGAUAUGGAACUGCCGGCCCCUAGAACUCCCUGCAACAAGUUACCAACGGUAAUGACAUGGCAACGUACGUCUCCAAAUGGCUACUUUCUCCAGAAUAAAUGGCAUUCGCUGUUGUGUACUAACACUUUGCCCCGCACCACUGAUGCCUACAGACGAUGCUUGAAAGGAAGGACGCUCUGGCUUCAUGGGGAUUCAACCAGUAAUCAGUUUAAACGUUCUCUUCAUUCAAUUUUACACUUUCCAUCCCAUACCGACGCGCAUGUACCGACUACAGACACAGAUGUUACACACAAUUUUUCAAUUUCCUGGCACGCUCAUGAACUACCGUUCUAUAAUGGAGCUCGACGCUAUGACAGGUCAACACACCAGGGACAGAACGUCAUGAUGGACCGUCUCCCGAACACAACCAAGGACAUCGUAGUGUUGUAUAUGUACGUUCAUUUCACGCUUGUCCAUCCGGAUGUGUUCAGGCGACAUGUUCAGAGACUUGUUCAAUCAGUAAAGAACCUCUUGGCACGCGCUCCUAAUGUUACCCUUGCAGUUCGCGGUCCACAUGCGUUUUUCAGACCUAAGCACCGUGCGUUAUCCUACUGGGGUCUUCUGUACAGUAAUAUUUGGCAUGAGGCAUUUGCUUCACUGCAACACGAGAUUGUUUAUCUAGAUUUCUGGGACUUGACUAUGGCUAAACCAUCCCGGGAUUUCCACCCAGCAGAGGACACAGUGAAAGAAAUGGUGCACACCAUGAUGUCACUUCUGUGCUUUAGAAAGUGA